AUGGAACAGCAGACCAUCAAAUUCCCCCCAUUUAACCCCGCCGUUGGCACCGAGACCAGAGACAACACUCGACCUAUCUUCAACACUUGCAGUUCUACGCCAGACGACGACCUCACACCAUCGUCGCCGGCUCUUCGGUUCCCCAAACCUCAAGGCAGUCAAGAUCUUGCCAACUGGAUUUCCAGAAGCUCGCCCGACAUCAUGAAGGCAACCGCUUUAGAGCCGACCAAUCUGGCCGACUCGGCCUAUGAGAUAAUCAACCCCGCCGACACCACCGAUUCCGAGAGCCAAGAUGGCCGCUUGACCGAAUCCACAAGCUCUCUCUGCGCUGGCCGGUCUGACGACGUCCAUAGCUUGGGCGGCUCGGACCACCAUUAUACGAGCGAGUCCGAUGGUGAAGUGGAGGAGGAAGAAGAUGUUGACGAUGAAGAAGACGACGAGGAGGUCGGUAAUUCUUCACAUGCUUCCUCGAUCAGGUAUACGGAUGAGGCGCUGGGGAACCCUUCUACACAGCUCCCCGCAUCCGCACUGGAGUGUGGCUUGUCCUCUGAGGGGUCUGGUGUUGUCGUGCGGGCAAUCGAGUUUCAGGAGGACGAUGGUGACGAGCCUCUGAUGCUCGAGAAGAUCUCGGCGAAGCAUGCCGUGCGGGAGUAUAAUGAGGACGACUCGGCCUCUCUGGCAGCUCAACUAGAUUUGUCGCAACACCCCAAGCGCCUUGUGGCCACUAUUCGUCAGACUAUGUCCCAGGCUCACCUUUCGACCAAGAAACCCCUUCGUGUCCUCUACGUGGGCCGACCUGAGGCUCAACGGGCUAUCGUGCUCAAGACUUGCAAUGCUAUUUGGGCCUCCCCCAGUACCAGCGAUGAGGAUCAGGAUCACAGCAACCAAGACAGGGAAGGAGUCUACAAUAUUGUCCCCAUUUCGUCUUUCGGUUCCUCACCCGAGCUUGAUCUCAUGCAUGCCUCGCCGUGUCAAAUCAAAGUUGAGCACUGCACAUCAGCUGAAGAGGUCAUCUACGAGGGAUCCUCGUUCCCCUCAGACACAGUGUACACCAUUACCGUGGAGCACGACAAGGUAUACACGUCCAUAUCCUCGCCUGGCGGCAAUGCCAUCCAGCCUAGAUACAUUCUGCCACACAUUGCCUUCUUUUAUUGCAGCCAGAAAGACGACGCCGAGGCGGAGCGGACAAGAGACGCUGCUUGGAACUUCUUGAGGCGCCACCGCGUCCCGUCCAUUUUUAUCUCGGAAGCGCAGGAGUUUGCCAAGUGCAACACGGGCAGUUGGAAUGAUUAUGUGAACGAGCAUGCUAUCCAUCUUUGCUUGGAGUCUCGAGACCCCGACAGGCCACUGGCCCCCCUGCGCUUCCCCAUUGACCUUGCAUCAUUCAACGAUAUCGACGCUCGCCAAAUGAACCGCAACUUGGCCUAUCUCACCGGACUGUCGGAGCCAGAGGAGGAAUCGUUCAUUGAAGUCGAGACACCCAAGAAGAAGAACAUGCCCCGGCUACAGAUUGUGGAGGCUCUUGAUGCAGCCAGGGAUAGCUGGGCAAAGUUCGUGGAGCGCGGUGGUCCUCAACGUCUUCUUCCUUUCCUCGUGCCCCUCUUUCUGGCUCUUUUCUCCCCCUACCUCAUGUCACUUUUUGCUCGGGACCCAUCGUCAUCUGUCGCCCCAUCCACACAAGUGCCACUUGCUGCCAACCUUGGCUCUACCCCAGUUUGCGCGGCUAGCCCCUUGUCGACAAAGAGCACUUCAGCUGGCGUGUUAACAACCACCAAGACAGUUGUCGUUAGCCUCACGGAGACCAGGACUGUCGAAAUCAGUCAAGCAGCACCACUAACUAGUUCUUUCGCGUCUGCUCUCUCCUAUGCUGGCCUCUUGUCUGACCGGUCACUGGCUCCCGCUCAACCGGAGCCGCAAAAGCAGGAGACAAAGAAGUCAGCUCCUGUCAAGAAUAUUGCGCUUUCCGCCAGCAUUGCCGGUGCCAGCGAGAUUUUGGUGGGUGUUCCUUCGAAUCACAAGGCUCGCCGCCUACUGCCAAAUGGCAUCAACCUCAAUGUGUGCCGCGGCGGUGUCUGUCUUGAGAAAGACAUCAGCUCCGUGGACCAAGGCCUCCUCAUCAAGCUUCAACCAAAGGAUGCCUGGGGCGCGGUCAAUGUGACCAUCGUCUCCACUCGGAAGCCUAAGAUCAAUGAAACCUUUGAGGUUGAUCUGGGGAAGACUGGUAUGGCGGACGCAUUUGGGGCGGGCUUGCACAUGUUGCAGGACGUGAUGAAGAAGGUGUCCUCCGGUGUGGAUGGUGCGACAUCCCAGGUGGGUGAGGGAGCCGUCGCCAAUGCUUUUAAGCAUGCUUUGGAGGCUGGCAAAUCUGCUGGGAGCUGGGCAAAGGAGCAGCUUACUUGGUCAGCAGGACAGCUCCAGGAACAUGCCGAGUUGUCUGUCCUCCAAGCUCAAAUCCGGUCGAAGCUUCUCUGGCUCAAGGCGCAGGGGAAGAUGGAGGAACACGAUGCCUACCAGCGAAACGCAACUCGCUUUCUCAAGAUGAGGCAGGACGAGCUGGCUAGGGUCCAGGCCUUUGAGAAGGGCGCGUCUGGUACGGAAGUCUGUGGCAAGUCAUGGUUGCCUUUCAAGAGCCGUUGUCAGACGGCAGGUCACAUGGCUAAGGACAUCAGCCGGGGCAACGGGUGGAUGAAGAAGAUUAUGCGUUGA